GGCCAGCGCGCAUGAGCCGCUCAUAAGGGCGCAUGACGUCAGCGGGAGUACACAGUAGACCUAAACCGAAAAAGCUGCCAUGGUUCUCAUCAAGGAAUACCGUGUGGUUUUACCUUGUAGUGUUGAAGAGUAUCAGGUGGGCCAGCUGUUCUCGGUGGCCGAGGCCAGUAAAAAUGAGACGGGCGGCGGCGAGGGCAUUCAAGUGUUGAAGAACGAGCCCUACGAGAAGGACGAGGAGAAGGGACAGUUCACCCAUAAGGUCUACCAUCUAGCAAGCAAAGUCCCCAAAUACCUGCAGAUGCUUGCCCCUGAGGGCUCCCUGGUCUUUCACGAGACCGCCUGGAAUGCCUAUCCCUACUGCCGAACUAUUGUGACGAACGAGUACAUGAAAGACGACUUCUACAUCAAGAUCGAGACGUGGCACAAACCAGACACUGGAUUGCUAGAAAACGUGCACAAACUGGAUGAAGCCACGUGGAAGACCGUGGACGUGGUGCCCAUUGACAUCGCAGACAACAGUCAAGUGGAUUCCAGUGACUACAAGGCGGAUGAGGAUCCCGCCAUGUUCCAGUCAGUCAAGACUGCCAGAGGACCCCUCGGACCCAACUGGCAGAAUGAGCUGGACAAUAAGAAUGACUGCCCAAAGAUGUGUGCCUACAAACUGGUCACAGUCAAGUUCAAGUGGUGGGGCAUGCAGACCAAGAUGGAGAAUUUCAUUCACAAGCAAGAGAAGAGGAUCUUUACAAACUUCCACCGCCAGCUCUUCUGCUGGAUUGACAAGUGGGUGGAGCUGACCAUGGAGGACAUCCGGCGGAUGGAGGCGGAGACGCAGAAGGAGCUGGAGGAGCUCCGCAAACAGGGGGACGUUCGAGGAACCUGCGCUGCCGCCGAGUGAACGGACCCCACGGAUUUUUAUUAACGGACGACCAUAAGGCCAACAGUGAUGAAGACUGCGAAGAGGUUCUCCCCCCAGCCCCCCCCCAGGGGGACCCCUUCACCUUGACUGAUUCAGGCUGCCGAGGAGGGGGGGGUCUGGGGAGCAGGUCCCUGACUUGCACCCAAUCAUAGACAUUUCUAUCCACUGGGGAAUUGAUUUCUAGAAAAAAGUGACACGAUCUUAGCUGAUAAGGCUCCGGUUAAUUUUGAUCUUUUGGACCGAGGAGGGUCUGCCCUCGGCGCCUCGUCGUUGGCGAGGCCUCGGCGUCGGUGGGGAGAGAGGUGAAGAGUGGCACCUUCUCAGCGUUUUACUCUGCUUUGAUUCCACAGCGGCAGGUGUUCGACCCACCUUUCUGUUCUGCUCAGGGGAAUCACUUUCUCUGUAGUCGGUUGCACCCCAUUUGUCCCACCCUCCUCCUCCUACUCACCCCAAGUUUGUGGCCACUUUUUGUCUCCAAAACAUUCCUCAUAAGACAGACGCCUUCCUGCCAUCCCAUCCAUCGUUGUCACUUCACCCGUGUUAGAGCUGCUCUGUAGCACAGUGAUCUGUAUUUCCAAGCAUCGGUCUGACUGCUCCAUCCUAAUCAUGUAUUUUCCUGCCUUGGCCUUCGUUAAGAGAUUACUAAUGCCUGUUAACCUACCAGUCCAACCCGGUUUCCCAAAGCUUUGCAUUUCUUUUACACUGACAAUCGUGUCCGCACAGGUAUUCGCUUUCUCUCCCGAGCAAAAAAGAUCCAACAUGACACACAGAAACACACGCUAGACACACGCAUAGACACAAGCACAAACGCAAGUGAAUUCAUGCACGGCCACAAGGAUGACUGAUCCUUCCUUAAAGCUCACUCUGGGCAAAUCUCUGCAGGCUUGUUCAGCUGACGGAUGGAUCUUCUCAAAAGUGCUCGCAGCUCUCUCCAUGAUUGGCCCCUCACCGCAAAACAAACACACACAGAUUCUCCGCACAUACUCGCAGAUAUACCUAAACCCCCCCCCCCCCCCUCUUUCCUCGCGGAUCUCCCUGGGGGGAAACGAGCAUCCAGAAAAACAGCCACAGAUGGUGCUACGCCCAGCCACUUUUUUCUUUUUUGUUGUCACCACCAGCCAGCACCCUCCUCUGUUCGGCACUCCUCUCCCAGUGCCCCCUGGAGGCCUGCCUUACUACACUGGUUCUCCGGGGUGCCACUGAGGGCAGGAGCCCGCCAGGAAAACAACCCCACUUCCUCACGGCCACUCGUGUGUGUGUGUGUGUGUGUGUGUGUGUGUGUGUGUGUGUGUGUGUGUGUGUGUGUGUGUGUGUGUGUGUGUGUGUGUGUGUGUGUGUGUGUGUGUGUGUGUGUGUGUGUGUGUGUGUGUGCGUCUCUAAUGCUCGGUCUGUUUACAACACUCCCCCCCCCCCCUCCCCCCCUCCCCUCCCCACUCCCCUACAGCAGUCUACAUCACCAGCAGCACAACACAUUCCUGCCUUCCUUACCCCUCUAUGACCCACCUCCCGUACCCUGCAGCAUUACCUCCAUGGCCCCUGCUACCUCUUCUCCCUCUCUCCCCGGUCGGGGCGCUACAGCCCUCUAACGGUUAGCACGCGUGGGUGUGACGUUCAUAGACGAGAGAGAGAGAGCCGUCGAAUAGGAAUGAAAGUGAUUGUGUGUAGGAUUUUGUUGUCGAGGGGCGGGGAAGAUCAUUGUCGCCUUGUGUGUCGAGUUUUGUUUGCUAAUCCGAGUUAAUGUCGUCUUUUAAUUGCUGAUGUUUGUGUGUGUGUGUGUGUGGGGGGGGGGGGGAGGGGGGGAAGGGGGUGACUGGGGCCAGCCAUGAAGUGAGUUGGUUGCUCUUACUGUGUAGGUUUGAGAACUGCAUCUAUACCCGGGCGUUCAACCGCAUGCAUUCAAGCUUGCAUCUCCUAAACGGGCUUGCCAUGUCGGCUCAUUAUCCCAGGUGUUCCUCUUCAUGAAAUCUAAAAGGUUCAUUUUGCUGCUGUUAUUUUCUUUUUUUAAAUCACUUCCUCUGUACUCCAUGACUCGGAUUGCAUGCCUCAAAGGAAAGCGACGGCUCUCGGAGGAUGGUCGUGCAUUUCACCUCAGUGCUGGGUAUCCACAUGUAGUCCGAGGGAGGGUAGGUGUCGUACUGCAUGUCUGUUUGUGUUUUGGGCAAGAUGGCAAUAGGCUGGGAUGAGGUAUGGAAGGUGGUCUUGAUUAAGCCUGUAAAGAAAUGCAUGGGAGAGCAAACACGAACCCAUCAAUCCUCAACUGUAUGGAGAUAUCAUGUAGUCUGAAAGACCGACGCCUUGUGAACGAUUUUAGUCCGGAGUGUGCUCAAAGUCUCUUUAGCAAACCCUCAACGCCUGCUAUCUGUGGAAUCCAAACCCGCCAGAAAACCACCGCCAAAACAAUGGUUCCACUAUCUGUCUCAAGGCAGUGAUUUAGGGAGGGAGUCUUCGUAUCGAAAGGACAAAAAAGCUAGUUUGAUCAUGAGUUAAUCUUAAAACUUAAAUUUAUAUCAAAAAGAAAUCUUGCUUUUAAAAAUAUUUCUGAUCAUUUCUUUUGAAUAUUCAGGGGACAUAGUAGUGAAUGUACAAUAUGUUGUGCCUUUUUUCUUUUAUUUUGUAGAUUCUUUUGUGCCAUAAAAGUCUACACAUUGUAUCUUAAUAUCAAAUAAAUUUCACCUCAAAACCCUUUCAAGAUCAUGCCUCAUCUGCCACAUGCAUACUUUUGCGUAUUGAAGUUUUCCAAAAAGGAAAAAAUUAACUGGCCUUUAAAUCCCCAUUUUUCCUUCAGACUAAUAAAUGUGCUCAUGUUCUGGCCCUG